AUGGUCAUCGUUGACGGGGGGCCACUAAUUGCCACUUUACUGCUGCUGCUACUACUGGCUUCCCCAGUGGAGGGUUGUGGACCUGGAAGAGGCUCGGGAAGGCGACGGCGACCCCGGAAACUCACGCCCUUGGUGUUUAAACAACACGUGCCGAACGUGAGCGAGUAUACCUUAGGAGCUAGUGGACUCGCUGAGGCGCCAAUCAAACGUGGAGACGCCAAGUUCAAGGACCUCGUUCGUAACAAUAACCCGGAUAUUGUGUUUAAGGAUGAGGAAGGAACUGGUGCUGACAGGAUUAUGUCGCAGCGUUGCAAAGACAAGUUGAACUCUCUAGCCAUAUCUGUCCUGAACCAAUGGCCAGGGGUCAAGCUUCGAGUGACCGAGGCCUGGGAUGAAGACGGGAUGCACGCUGAGAGCUCACUGCAUUACGAGGGCAGGGCCGUGGACAUCACAACCUCGGACAGGGAUCGCUCCAAGUAUGGCAUGUUGGCGCGACUGGCAGUGGAGGCAGGCUUUGACUGGGUGUAUUACGAGUCCAGGGGUCACAUCCACUGCUCCGUGAAGUCAGAUUCAUCAAUUGCUAUAACAUUCGGCGGGUGUUUCCCGCCAAACAGCGUCGUGAUCGCCCAGCCAGGAAGACAAAAAGCCAUGUCGCAGAUACAGAUUGGUGACAGUGUUUUGUCAAUAUGCCAAGAUGGCGGUUUUUGCUAUAGUGACGUGAUCGCCUUUCUGGACAGGGACCAGGAGAAAGUACUGAAGUACUACAAGCUAACCACCCAGUCGGGAAACAGUAUUACAUUAACCGCUAAACAUUUACUUUAUGCCACAAACUUAAACAGUAAACUGGUGUCUGGUUCAAACUAUGAGCAUCAUCUGUUGCUUCAAUUUCUGCGAUUACCUCAGUUAAUUUUUGCCGAAGACGUCAGAAUCGGCCAUUUCAUCUUUUUGGCUAAAAAGGGUGUGUAUGCACCGCUGACAUUCGAAGGCACAAUUGUUGUUGAUAAGGUAGCCACAUCUUGCUACGCCUUUGUGGAUCACCACUUGUCGCAUGCAGUGUUCACGCCUUUGAGAGGAUACCACGUGAUAAAAACUCUGUUCCGUGAUUGGUUGGGAUAUUUUGUGCAAUAUGUUGAUUGGUUAGGUACUGUUUCAUGUUUUCAUGACAGAAAAAACGAAACAAUUUUUGAACAAAGUGAACAAGGAGUACACUGGUAUGCUAAAUUGAUGUAUAAAUUUGCUGUAAAUAUUUGUGGAAUGAACAUAUACAUAUCGUUAUGA